GAGCCACCUUCACUUCCUACUCCCUGAGGCUUCCUCCAGUCUUCUUCCGGCUUCCGUCUGCUUCCAUCCCGCCUUCGCCGGCUGUAGUGCCGAUGCUCCCCAAACGGCGGCGAACGCGGGUCGGGUCCCCUGGCGGCGAUGCCGCCUCCUCCGAGCGGCCCUCGACGCGCUUCCCCGGUGUCACCAUCUACUUGGUCGAGCGGCGUAUGGGUCGCAGCCGCCGGGCCUUCCUCACACGCCUGGCGUGCUCCAAAGGCUUCCGCGUCCUCGACGCCUGCAGCUCCGAGGUGACGCACAUUGUGAUGGAGCAGACUUCAGCAGAGGAAGCUGUCUGCUGGCAGGAGCGCAGGGAAGCAGCUGCCCCCUCAGAAUGCACUCCUGCAACUCUGCUGGACAUAAGCUGGUUCACAGAGAGCCUGGCAGCUGGGCAGCCUGUACCCGUGGAGUGCCGGCACCGCCUGGAGGUGGCAGAACCCAGGAAGGGGCCCCCAAGCUCAAUAUGGAUGCCAGCCUAUGCCUGCCAGCGCCCCACACCCCUCACACACCACAACAUCAGCCUGUCGGAGGCUCUGGAGACGUUGGCAGAGGCAGCAGGCUUUGAAGGCAGCGAGGGCCGCAGCCUUACCUUUCUCAGGGCAGCCUCUGUGCUCAGGGCCCUUCCCAGACCUGUUGUAGCUGUGACCCAGCUGCGGGGGCUGCCUCACGUUGGAAAACAUUCUUUCAGGGUUGUGCAGGAGCUUCUGGAGCACGGAGUAUGUGAGGAGGUGGAGAGAGUCCGGCACUCAGAGAGGUACCAGACCAUGAAGCUCUUCACCCAGAUCUUUGGGGUUGGUGUGAGAACUGCUGACCGGUGGUACCAGGAAGGGUUGCGAACCCUGGAUGACCUCCGAGAACAGCCCCAGAGACUGACUCAGCAGCAGAAAGCAGGUGUCCAGCAUCACCGAGACUUGAGCACCCCAGUCCUGCGGCCCGACGUAGAGGCCCUGCAGCAGCUGGUGGAGGCAGCUGUAGCGCAGGUCCUGUCUGGGGCCACUGUCACUCUGACUGGUGGCUUCCGAAGGGGGAAGUUGCAGGGCCAUGAUGUGGACUUCCUUAUUACCCACCCCGAGGAGGGCCAGGAGGCAGGGCUGCUACCCAGAGUCAUACGCUGUCUGCAGGACCAGGGCCUUGUCCUGUACCAGCAGUACCAGCACAGCCUCUAUGGGGCUCCUUCCCAUCACAGCCACACCAUGGAUGCUUUUGAGAGGAGUUUCUGCAUUUUCCGCCUGCCACAACCCCCAGGAACUUCUGCCAGGGGGGCCCCUUCCUGUCCAGCAUGGAAGGCUGUGAGAGUGGACUUGGUGAUAGCACCCAUCAGCCAGUUCCCUUUUGCUCUGCUUGGCUGGACUGGCUCCAAGCUCUUUCAGAGGGAUCUGCGCCGCUUCAGCCGGAAGGAAAAAGGGCUGUGUUUGAACAGCCAUGGGCUGUUUAACCCAGAGCAGAACACAGUUUUCCAUGUGGCUUCAGAGGAAGACAUCUUCAGACACCUGGGCCUCGAGUACCUUCCUCCAGAGCAGAGAAAUGCCUGAGCCUGCCUGUGGCCCCCACUUCCACUCAGGAAAGGAGGGGAGGAGCUGCCCCUGACUUGGCCACUGAACAUCUCCAGGCAGAAGGUGCACCACUGCCUCCCUCUUCACCUUCAUCUCUCCUGGGUAGAAGAACCCCACCUGUGGGGUCCUGGCUUUGCUAGAGGUCAGUUUUGUCUGACCUGUCAGCCCCCAUCAGCUGUGGGGCAUCCGUGAGGUAGGGGCCUUCAUGCCCCUCUCAUCACUGUGGCACCCUGGGUCAGCCCUCAGCCUCCCCAGGACUCAGGUUCCUGCCCUGGACAGGGUCUGAGCAAGGCCUGCCAUGUGGACCCGUGACACAGACUGGUCAUGAAUGCCACAUCUCUGCCUGGAACACAGCCUUGGAUCAGUUAGUUGCCGUUACUGUGACUCCUAUAGGGCACCUGGCUUGGAGUGUCCCUGCCCUGCAUUUGAGCCAUGAGGUGGCAGUUACAGUUCUUGGUAUGGGAUGCUAAGGGGUGUGCUGUAGGCGUCUAGGGAGGGUGAAGUCUGGGGAGAGAGUGUGAGGAAGAGAACUUCCAGUGCUCAGGCUUCACCUCUGCAGCCCCCACCCACGCUUUCUGCUUCUGCCUUUAGGGCCUGGUCUCAGCGUAGUCUUUUAAAAAUAGGUCACAUCCUGCCACUGCUCCCUCAGAGCCCUCUCUCCCAUGGUUCCAAACUCAGAUUCCUCCAUAGCUUCCAGGCCUCUGUUAUUUCUUCCUCGCCUCUCUCCAGCCUGGCUGGCCCCAGCUUCUGCCUGUCUCACUGCUUUCCUUGAUGCGCCAUAGGCCCCAAGUGGCCCGGUCCUUCUUCACAGAAGCAGAAGCACUGAGGUGGGCUGGACACACCUGUCCCCUCUGAGUUCUCAUCCCCCGAAGCACGCUUUGACCUCAGGGGCUUUGUUUUUGCCACACUGUCCAUCUGGAGUGUGCUUUCUCCUCCUCCUCCCGGCCUUCACUCAAAAGUCACUUUGUCAGCGGAGGACUUCCCAGACCACUUACCACAUUAAAAUAUAUUUUUAAAAUGAACGUGUAGUAAAAUGGACUCUUUGUGGGUGCAGUUUGGUCAAUUUUCACACAUGUAGACUCAUCCACUUCUGUUACCAUCAAGGCACACCAGAUCCAACCCCAGAAUCUUCCCUCAUGCUACCCCAUUGUGAUCAUCUGGCUCCCCACCCUGUGCCCACUCAUCCAGUUUUCCUUUCUCUGUGAUGUCAUAAAUGGAACCAAACUAUGUGUAACCUUUUGACUGACAUCUGUCCCUCAGCAGGAUACCUUUGAGAUUCUUGCAGGCUGUUGUGCGUAUAGCUGGUUCCUUUUGUUAAUUUUUUGUGACAGGGUAUCACUGUUGCCCCAGCUAGACUGCAGUGAUGUCAUCAUAGUUUACAGCAACCUAAACUCCUGGGUGCAAUCGAUUCUUCUGCAUCAGCCUCCCAAGUAACUGGGAUUACAGGCAUGUGCCACCACACUCACCUAAUUCGUUCUAUUAUUUAUUUAUUUAUUUUUGCUGCUUUUCAGAAUAUUGAGGUGUACACAUUUUAUUUACAUAUUUUGUUUUCAUACAGAUGUCAGAAGUUAUAGCGUACCAGAUAGCAUGCACUAUACCCAAUAGGUGUGAAUUUGCCUAUCUCCUCUUGCUCCCUACCUAACAUCCCCAGCUUGAUUUUCAUGGAGAUUUACUUCCAAAUGUGCACUUCAGUGUUAAAUGAUUAGUUCAGAUUUGGUUGACUAUGUGUAUUUGUUUCUCCAUUCUUGUAAUGUUUCAUUUAGAAGGAUGGUUUCCAGUUCCAUCCAGGUUGUCACAAAAGAUACUAGAUCACCGUUUUCUUUAUGGCUCAGUAGUACUCCGUAGUAUGCAUAUACCACGUUUUUGUUAAUCCAUUCAUGUAUUGGUGGGCACUUGGAUUAUUUCCACAUCUUUGUGAUUUUGAAUUGUGCUGCUAUAAACAUUUAGGUGCAGGUGUCUGUUUUAUAAAAUGACCUUUUUCCUUUGGGUAUAUACCCAACAGUGGGAUUGCUGCAUCAAAUGGGAGGUGUCCUUUAAGUUCUUUGAAGUUUUUCCAUACACCUUUACAUAGAGGUUGCACUAGUUUGUAGUCCCAGCCAGUGGUGUGAAAGAGUUCUUUUUGUUCCACCUCCAGUUAGCAUCUGUUCUGGGACUUUUUAAUGCAAGUCAUUCUCAUUGGAGUUAGGUGAUGUCUCAUUGUAGUUUUGAUUUGUAUUUCCCGAAUGAUUAGAGACGUUGAACAUUUUUCACAAAUCUGUUGGUCAUUAGUAUAUCUUCCUUUGAAAAGUUCUGUUUAUGUCUUUUGUCUUUUUGGGGGGAGGGGAGACACAGUCUCACUCUGUUGCCCUGGUAGAGAGUGCCAUGGCAUUAUCUUAGCUCACGGCAACCUCAAACUCUUGGGCCUAAGCAAUCCUCUUGCCUCAGCCUCCCAAGUAGGUGGGACUAUAUAGGUACCCAUCACAAUGCCCAGCUAAUUUUUCUAUUUUUAGUAGAGAUGGGGUCUUGCUCUUGCUCAAGCUGGUCUCAAACUCCAGAGUGCUAGGAUUACAGGCAUGAGCCGCUGCACUAGGCUUUUGCCUGCCUUUUCUUUUUUUUUUUUUUGGAGACAGAGUCUCACUAUGUUGCCCUCAGUAGAAUACCGUGGUGUCACACCUCACAGCAACCUCCAACUCCAACUCUUGGGCUCAAGUGAUUCUCCUGCCUCAGCCUCCCAAGUAACUGAACUACAGGUGCCGACCACAAUGCCCGGCCAUUUUCUGUUGCAGUUGUCAUUGUUGUUUAGCUAGCCUGGGCUGGGUUUUGAACCCAUCAGCCUUGGUGUACAUGGCUGGCACCAUAACCACUUUGCUAUGGGCACUGAGCCUUUUUGCCCAAUUUUUAAUGGGGUUGUUUCUUGCUAAUUUGCUUGAGUUCUUUGUAGAUUCUGGUCAUCAGUCCUUUAUCAGAAGUAUAAUACACAAAUAUUUUCUCCUAUUCUGUGGGUUGUCUGUUUCCACUUUUGAUUGCAUCCUUGGCUAUAGCCAAGUUUUUAAAUUUGAUUAGGUCCCAUUUGUCUGUUUUUGCUAUUGCUAUGAUUGCUUUUGGGGUCUUUUUGUGAAAGCCAAUAUUUAUAAUUUUUUUCCAGCCUCUUCUAGAAUUCUUAUAGUUUCCUGCCUUAGGAUUAAGUCUGUUAUCUGUUAUGAAUUUUUGUGAGAGGCGAGAAGUGUAGAUCCUGUAUUAGUCUUUCACAUGUGGCUGUCUAGUUUUCCAAUCACCAUUUAUUUAACAUAGAUUUGUUUUGUUUCCCUAGUGUGUGUUUUUAUCUGUUUUGUCAAAAAGCAGAUGGAAUAUGAGGAUGAUUUUUUCUGGAUUCUUUGUUCUGAUCCAGUUCCAUGCUGUUUUGGUCACUAUAUAUUUUACUAUAGCCUUGUAGUAUAGCUUGAAGUCUGGUAAAAUGAUUCCUCUUGUUUUUUUCGUAUUACAAAAGGUUGCAUUGACAAUUCAGGGGUCUUUUCUGGUUCCGUACAAAGCAUACAACUAUUUUUUUCUAGCACUGCAAAAAAUGGCAUUGGUAUUUUAAUGGGGAUGCGUAGUAUCUGUAAAUCACUUUGUGUAGUGCAGCCCUUUUAACAAUAUUGAUUCUGCCAGCCCAUGGGCAUCAUGUUUUUCCGUCUGUGAUUUCCAUCAUGUUUACAUCCUCUGUGAUUUCUCUCCUCAGUGUUUCGUAAUUCUCCCUACAAAGGUAUUUCACCGCCUUUCCUGAGUAUAUUACUAGGAGCCAAGGGGAGUGGCUCGCGCCUAUAAUCCUAGCGUGCUGGGAGACUAAACUGGGUAGAUUGCUUGAACUCAGGAGUCUGAGAUCACCCUGAGCAAGGGGGAGACACCAUCUCUACUAAAAAUAGAAAAACUAGCCAGGCAUGGUGAUGCAUGCCUAUAGUCCCAGCUACUCUGGAGGCGGAGGCAGAAGGAUCUCUUGAUCCUGGAAGUUUGAAGUUGCUGUGAGCUAGGCUGCUUCCCUCUCAUUUGGCCUCUCACUUGAGAGCCAGUGGUGUUGGGACUGUCUUAUUGGCUUGUCUCUGCGACUCCAAAGAUCAGUCCCUGGAGACUGUGUCAGGAAGAAGAGUACUGAGCCUGAGUUGUCUUUGGGGUACCCUAGCAGGUUUAAUGACCUUUUGGGUUACCUCUGACCUGCUGGCUUCUCUUCCCAACAGAGUGUAGUGAGUUGGGGCCCCCAGCUUACUCUUGGUGAUGAUGGGUGUUACUUGUGAAUGUGAAUUAGCCAUUCCCUGUUGGCUUGAAAGAAGCUUUGAGGGGCUAUAUUGUUGGUGUUUGUGUGAGUGAGCCACUGUCAAGAUGUUCUUUUUGUGUCUGUGGUAGACUCUGGUCCCCAGCCGACAACUUGAGUGCCCCAAGCUUUAAGAGGGACCCUAUAGCUCCCAAGGGGUUUCUUAAUCUCCAUCACCACCAAAGUAGUGGGGAGCAGUAAGGUAGUUUGUGGCUAGGUUGUGUGAGUCUCCCUGUUAGUGGGGGGCACCUGUGGGAAGGAACCAGCUGCAGCACCGUUUCUGGGUCCUGGACUUGCUCCAGUUGCUCAGGAGAAACACAUUACACAUAAAUGCCCCAGAUGGUGGGCAGGGCCCCGGAGCUUCUAGAAGAGUCCUUUAUCUCUGCUGCAGCCCAUGCAGGUGGGAGAGUGCCGUUGGACAGGGCUGGGUUGGGCAAGCUGGUCCUCAGGCUCCACAAACACUGACCGGUUAGCUGUUGUGGUUGAGGGUUAAAGGGCUGCUCCCAGUUUCUGGGUGGAGCCCCACCCAGCCAGAAAGUCUAUUUAUAGAGGCAGGUCUAUCAAAGACUUGGGGACUGGGAGCCCUCAGUGGGCCUCGCCCUUCUCCCUGCCCUCUGCUCUACAGUCUCCCCCCAGCAUCCACUGCAGGCUAAGCAAGGGAACUCAGCUGGCCUGGGAUCCCCUAUUUUUAGUAGAGAUGGGGGUCUUGCUCUUCAUCAGGCUGGUUUCAAACUCUUGAGCUCAAGUGAUCUUCUCUACCUCAGCCUACCAGAGUGUGAUGACAGGUGUGAGCCACCACACCCAGACAUAUGUUUAAGUUUAUAAGAUAUAGCCAAAUUGUUGUCCAGACUGCUACUUUCAUUUUGUAGUCCGCUGGCAAUGUGAGCCACCCUUGUAAGUUAAACAUUUUGCAGUAGCCGGUGGUUCUGUAUCCUUGCCAACAGUCGACAUUUUCAGUAUUUAACUGUUCUCUUAGGUAUGUAGUAGUAGCUCACUAUGGUUUUAAUUUGCACUUUCCUAAAAUCUGACAAUAUGAAGCAUCUUUUCAUGGGCUUAUUUGCAAUCUGUAUAUCUUAUCUGGUGAAGUGUCUGUUCAAGUUUUUGCUUAUUUAAAAAAUUGAAGUGUUGGGGUGGCACCUGUGGCUCAGUGGGUAGGGUGCCGGCCACAUAUACCAAGGGUGGUGGGUUUGAACCCGGUCCAGGCCAAACUGCAACAACAAAAUAGCCGGGUGUUGUGGUGGGCGCCUAUAGUCCCAGCUACUCGGGAGGCUGAGGCAAGAGAAUCGGCUAAGCCCAAGAGCUGGAGGUUGCUGUGAGCUGUAACUCCACAGCACUCUACCGUGGGCGAUAAAGUGAAACUCUGUCUCAAAACAAACAAACAAAAAAAUUGAAAUAUUGGUUUUCUUACUGUUGAAUUUUGAAUGUUCUUUAUAUAAUAUAUAAUUGGUAAAUAUUUUUCCCCAGUGUGUAGACUGUUUGUUCUUUGUUGUUGUUGUUGAGACAGAGUCUUGCUCUGUUGUACAGGCUAGGCUGCCAUGGCCUCAGCUUAGCUCACAGCAACCUCAAACUCCUGGCCCCAAUCUACUGCCUCAGCCUCCUGAAUAGCUAGAACUACAGGUGUACACCACCAUGCUUGGCAAGUUUUACUAUUUUUAGUAGAGAUGGGGUCUCCCUUUGCUCAGGCUGGUCAUGUAAAGCAAUACUACUGCCUCAGCCUCCAAGAGUGUUAGGAUUACAGGCAUGGGCCACUGUGCCUGGCCUUCUUUUUAUUCAUUUAACACUGUAUUUUUCAGAGUAAAAGUGUUUAAUUUUGAUGAAGUCCAGUAUAUCAAUUUAUUAAAUUUAUCAGGUUUUGGGGUUUUUUUUGUUUUGUUUUUUUUUGUGAGAAAGAGUCUCACUUUGUCACCCUUGGUAGAGUGCCGUAGUGUCACAGCUCACAGCAACCUCAAACUCUUGGGCUUAAGCGAUUCUGUUGCCUCAGCCUCCCGAGCAGCUGGGACUACAGGUGCCCACCAUAAUGCCCAGCUAUUUUUGUUGUUGUUGUUGUCAUUGUUGUGUAGCUGGCCUGGGUCGGGUUUAAACCCGCCAGCCUCGAUACAUAUGGCUGGCGCUGUAACCACUGUGCUACGGGCACCAAGCCAAAUUUAUCAGUUUUUUCACAUGCUUUGGGGUCAUAUCUCUGGCCCCAAAUGACCCCGAGUUAUAAUGAUUUUCUGUUUUUUUUUUAUUUUUAUUUUUUUGAGACAGAGUCUCACUCUGUCGCCCUCGGUAGAGUGCUGUAUCAUCAUAGCUUAUGGCAACCUCAAAUUCUUUGGCUUAAGUGAUUCUCUUGCCCCAGCCUCCUGAGUAGCUGGAACUAAAGGUGCCUACCACAACACCUGGCUAUUUUUUUGUUGCAGUUGUCAUUGUUGUUUACCAGGCCCAGGCCAGGCUCAAACCCACCAGCCCUGGUGUAUAUGGCCGGCACUCUAACCGCUGAGCUACAGGCACCAAGCCUGUUUUCUUUUUUUAAAAUCAUAACUGUAUACAUUUAUGGGGUACAAUGUGAUGAUUUGAUAUAUAAUGUGGAAUGCUUAAACUGAUUAACAUAACCAUCACCUCAUUUAUUGUGAUAAGACAUUUAUAAUUUACUCUUAGUUAUUUUAUAGGUUUAUAGUUUGCACUUAGAUUCAUGGUUUAUUUUGAGUUAAUUUUUGUUGAAGGUGCGACAAUUAGGUUUAGGGUUUUGCAUAUGGCUGUCCAAUUGUUCUGACACAAACACUGUCCUUUCUUUAAUGAAUUGCCUUUGAACUUUUGUAAAAAACCUGUUGGCUAUAUUUAUGUGAUUUGAUUUAUGGACUCAAAUCUGUUCCAUUUAAUUCUGGGUGUGUCCCUUCAGAAAUAUCAUACAUGUAUUAACUCUAUUUAGAAUACUUAAUAUCAGGUAUAUGACUUCAACAACUUUGUUCUUUUCAAAUUGUUUUGACUAUUUUAUUUCCUUUAACUUUCUAAAUAAAUUUUUGUAUCAGCCUGUGUUGGGAUUUUGAUUGGAAUUAGCACUAAAUCUAUAGAACAAUUUGGGGAAACUAACAUCUUAACUAUAGUAGAUCUUGCAAUUCAUGAACACAGUGCGUCUCUCCAUUUAUUUUGAUUUUCUUUCCUUUCAUCAGUGUUUUGUAGUUUUUCAACAUAUAGACCUGGCACCUAUUUUGUUAGAUUUAUACCUAUGUUUUUUAUUUUCUUGGCGCUAUUAUAUUUUUCUUUCAUUUUCCAGUUUUUCAGUACUAGCACAUGGAAAUAUAAUUAAUUUUCAUGUAUUUGUCUUAUUUUUUUAUUAAAUCAUAGCUGUGUACAUUAAUGCGAUCGUGGGGCACCAUACACUGGUUUUAUAGACUGUUUGACACAUUUUCAUCACACUGGUUAACAUAGCCUUCCCGGAAUUUUCUUAGUUAUUGUGUUAAGACAGUUAUAUUCUACAUUUACUAAGUUUUACAUGUACCCUUAUAAGAUGCGCCGCAGGUGUAAUCCUUAUUUAUCUUAUAUACCAAAAAGUUCUUAAAGAUUUAUGGUGGAGUCCAUGUUUAAAAACAAUUAUAUUUCUCCCUUUCAAUCUUGAUGCCUUUUAUCUCUUUUUCUUGCAUUAUUGCAUUGACAAGGACUUCCAGUACAGUGUUGCACAGGAAUAGUAAGAGUGGACAUCUUUGCUUUGUUCCUGAUCUUAGGUAGAAAAGACUCAAAGUUUCACCAUUAAGUAUGAUGUCAGAUAUAGGAUGUAGAUGACUGUUAUCAGGUCAAGGAAGUUCCCUUUUAUUCCUAGUUUUCUGAAAGUUUUAUAAUGAAUUUUAUUAGAUGCUAUAUCUGCAUAAAAUGAUAAGAUUAUUUGAAUUUUCUUUAGCCUGUUAACAUUGACUUUGUAAUAUUGAGCCAGUUUUGAAUUCUUGGGCUAAAUCACAUUUGGUCUUGGUAUGUUGUUUUUAUUUUAUUUUACUUUUUAUUUAUUUUUUGAGACUCUGUCACCCUCAGUAGAGUGCCGUGGUGUCACAUCUGACAACAACCUCAAACUCCUGGGCU